AUGUGCUUGCCAAGGAUGUGGGACAUGCUGGAGUAUUGUAGAAAGGCCACUUUAGGUACUGAAACCUCAUUUCAGUAAAGGACGGGGGAUUUGCAUGUUCAAAGAGAUGGUUCCAGUCUCUGGUGGGAAAAUUUCUAGCAACUUCAAUUAGAGCAUAGUCACAGUUCAUUGGUGCCCAGUGCUCACAGUGGAGAGGGUUGGAAGGAGAAGCUUUAUUGUUUUAUAGUGAAAAAUGAGUCAAGGAGUCUGAACCUGAGCAUUGGGAAAAUGAUGCUAGAUUGAGAAGUAUUCCGUAGUCAUAUUCACCUAAAGAUCAAUUUGACUAGGGAAUAGAGGGAGGGAUGAGCAAGCAAGCAGCUGAGAAGUAUCUGUGGCACCAGGGAGAAGGGGUUGUGAUGUUCACUAAAAGAAACCAUGGCUAUGGAUUUCAAGGCAUCAAGACCCUGUCAACACAGCUAAUCCCCACGGAUGUUGGCUGAAUAAGCCCUGGAUGACCAAAGACGUGCACUGUGGAAACCGUGUCAGCCUCCAGCAGGCCAAUUUGUCCUCAUAUUACACACUCUGUUGGCUCUGUUGCUAGACCCCCAGACUGAGGAGCUGUGUUGCGCGUCCCCCACCCAGUGAGGGUUGACAGAGCACGGUUAAUAAGUCAACAGAAUGCAGAAGGCACGACCGGAUUAAGAAGGCUGUUUUAUUUUGGUGCCCUGGACUUCAAGCAGAUUAAAUAAUCAAAAAGGCCGAGCCAUCGGGGUCAUGUUUGAAUGCUACAGCUGUUCCCCAAGGUCUGACAAACAUUCUUUAUGUGGUUUGCUGUCUGAAUGGGAAAGGCAGGAAUGAUCUCAGGGAGGCUGACACUCUAAGAAAGAAGCGAGACACAAUCAAAAGAUCUUCUUAUGGAAACUGACCCAAGCCAGAUGGAGACGAGGGGACCGGCUGCUUAAAUAAGUGGUCUACUAAAAUCCACAACUGUUUUCUGCAUCAAAGGAAAGGCCAAGCAAGAUUCACAGAAAGCAAAUGAAAAGUUUGCCAUGUCCUCAGUUUGUUGAUCUGCGAAUUUAAUAAGGGUGGGCUACGUGUUCAACCAAGAUGCUUGCUUGUGGAAAAUCAGCCAUGAAAGGUUUGCUGCUGCUAUUUUCCAGCAUGACUUUCCUGCUCCAGGGAGUAGAUAACUGCCCAGAGAAGUGCUUCUGUCACCCAUCCUCAAACUCUGUGGACUGUAGCCACCAAGGACUAGCUGAAAUCCCUCCUAAUCUGCCUCCUCAGACACUAAUCCUGCACUUACAGGAUAACCAGAUCCACCAGCUUCCAGCUCUUGCAUUUACGUCAGUAUCACAACUCAGAAUCCUAGAUUUGUCCAACAAUUCCCUUUCAAGUCUGGCCCCUGAAGCUUUCAGUGGCCUUCAUCACUUGCAAGUUUUAAACCUAACUCAGAACUCCUUGCUUUCUCUGGAAAACAGACUUUUCCAAGCACUCCCUCAGUUGAGGGAGCUGGAUUUGUCAUUCAACAACAUAAGCCAUCUUCCUGUAUCCCUGGGCAAGCCCUGGGAGAACCUAACCAUGCUUGCAGUGCAACAAAACCAGCUUCAACAUUUGGAUCGGGAGCUCCUGGAAUUCAUGCCUAGAGUGAAGCAGUUACUUCUCAAGGACAACACCUGGAAAUGCAAUUGCCACUUGCUGGGUCUGAAACUCUGGCUGGAGAAAUUUAUCUAUGAAGGAGGAGUAACAGAUGGUGUCAUCUGUGGGUCACCUGACACCUGGAAAGGAAAGGAUCUUCUUAUAAUCCCCCAUGAGCUGUACCAGCCCUGCGCGCUUCCUUCUCCAGACCUGACGUACUCACAGAAUCAGCAGCCUAUCUCUGCUUAUGGAGGAGAAGUCACAAAGCCUCCUGACAACCACAGCUUGAGACAUCAAGUUCCCUUGGAGUGUGAGGCCAAACCCAAGCCCAGGCCAGCCAACCUGCGUCAUGCUGUGGCUACUGUUGUCAUCACGGGGGUUAUAUGUGGAAUCGUGUGUCUCAUGAUGUUGGUGGCAGCCAUCUAUGGCUGCACAUAUGCAGCAAUUACAGCCCAAUAUUAUGGUGGAUCCUUGGCCCAAACCAGUGAGUCUGAGAAGACAGGAGGAAAGGAGCUGCUUGACAGCUCACCAGCCUGAGAGCUUUCAUCUCAAAGAGAUCAGUGUAGGCCAGAAGAAAUAUCUGAGUGGGACUGAUAUAUUUGCCAUUACUAUUUCAUUUUGCUUCUUUCCAAAAGAAGGAAGAAAAAUUAAUAUAUGUCUG